AUGGGUUAUGGCUCCCACAGCGUGAACAAAAACAAGUCCAAGCCAGAUACAAAGACUCGAUUCUUAACUUCUAGCAAUAUUACAUGUAUUGCCAUAUGUGAGGUGAUCACAUCUCCGUUGAAGAAGAACAAUGCGAUAUGGGUAUGUCCUGAACCGGACAAUGUGUGCACACGAUUUUUCUUUGUGUACGAAGAUGGCCAAGUCGGAGAUUCAUCCAUUGACACACAGGACGGUAAAUUCUUGAAACAAAUUCAGGAAGCUUGUGGAUAUAAAGUGUGA